AGCCCCUCAUGGAAACCCUCACGGAGCUGCUCAAACAGAGAAAAUGGUACAAUGCUUAUCUCUACCUGCAAUCGAUGGACAGGGAGUGCCUUACCACUGAGCUAAUUGAACAGUUUUUGAAGACUGUGCUGCCGAUAGCAACGCAAAUGCAUCCAUUCUCACUAACGACUACGACAAUAGAUAUUACGGAAAAUUACUCGUCACGCUUUGAGGUCCUGAGCCAGCUGAGGGACAAGAUCGGCGAAUCGGUUCUGAAGACCGAUGAGCACGAUGAGUCGUUGGUCCUCAUCGACAUCGUUUUGGCAGAUAUACAACUCGAGAGAGGCAUUAGUAUUGAGGAGAAGGUGUACGGAUUCAAGAACAUGAAGUUAACCCGGGAGCAGGAAAAGCAUUUUAAUGGGCUGGCGCUAAAAUACUACGAAAAGGUGCAAAACUACGAUGAAGCCUACUACUAUGCCAAAAAACAAAGGAAUAUGGAGAAAAUGAUAGAGUAUUCGAUUUUUGCGCCGAACAUUUUCAAUUUGCCAGCUUUUGAGGAUGAGCCGGAAUAUUUCAGGGCAGUAAGGGAAGGAAACUACAAGUAUAUUAAGAAUUGCAAAAUAGAUAACUACGAGUUUGUGCUUCAGAAGACCUACAUCAUUAAAAUGUUGGACCUGUGUUAUAACAAAAAUACGGUGUCAAUUUCUGAGCUGUGCAAUAAUUUGGAAUUGGAAAGGGUCGUUGUGCUUAGAUUGAUCAUCAAAGCACUGGGGUUGAAGUUAAUAAGAGGAACGAUAGAUGGUGCUAACGACAGUCUCACCAUUUCGCACAUUUCUUUGCAAACCGUCACUAAGAAGGAGCUGAUGAAUAUGAAGGAACAGUUCAUUAGAUGGAAGUCGCGUGUUGACAAGGUGAUAGCCACGAUGGAAUAAACGUGUUUAUAAUGAAGACCGUUUUGUGAUCGACUUGAUUCGUUGUUUUCAGAUGCAUCUAUCACUAGUGUUUUGGUAAGACUCGGAAACGUUUUGUAUGGUGUUGAUCGAGUUUAUGUUUGCGAUUCAUGGUGGGUGGUGUUUUUGAUGGAUUUGCUUGUGUUGUCAGCAACUACAAAGAUGUUUUCCUGCUGUACUUCCGUGCAACUCCGGCUAUUACUCUCUAAAAAUUUUAAACCUAAAAAAUGAGCAAUCCCUACUUCUGGGCACGAAUGUUUGAGACAUUUAUCGAUGCAUUGAUAGCAACGCGUGAUGUAUAGGGAAUACCCGGUUCCUCCUCCCAGCGGACCGGAAAAGUGUGUUGUUUAGGUGCUGCAAUAUGAGAAUAUGAAUAAACGAUCCUUCGUAAAAAAUGCCUGAUUCUCACCAUAUCAUCAAUUAUUGCACGUCAUAAGCGAAUUUUUAACAUAUGAUUAGCAAAUUAAUCCAUGUAUAGAAUAAUAUGGUUAGAUCGCCGGGCUGGGCAAGGACCAAAGCAAGAAUAACACACAGAUAAACGAACAAAGUAAAUCGUGAACACAAUCACAAUCGUUUAUUUAACUGAUACGAAGCAAAAACGCUCAAUAUCAAAACAGCAAAAGCAAUGACCAACUGCAACGAAGUUGUUCCUGGUGAGAAUCUCGCGUAAAGGUGCAGCACAAAAACAGUUCCUAUAAAUAACAGUGAGAUAAUGAGCACGUGCACAGGGCUUAUUAUAAAUGGUUUCAGCUGGCUGUUCAUCAAUUCUUUAACUUUUCCUGGCUGUUUUUUCAUGAUUGCGGACGUGGUGUUCGCAUUAGAUUCUAUUCGUCGGACCAUUUGGGGGUCAAGACAAAAAAUUAAAAAAUAAUUUGAUGAAAUAUUGGAAUAAAUGAAAUUGUGCAUUGCAGAAUUGGGGCACAGAACUUAAUUUUUGACAUUAAAAUGUUUUUACCUC